GGAGAGCGUGCAUAGCGCCUCUGUGACUGAGCUGUGCGGGCUGCCGUGGAGAUCCGCACAUUCACUGCGCACCUGGCGCUUUGUUUGCGCACAGAAUAAAAGAGAGAAAGCGGGAGGUAUCUCCCAGACAAAGAGAAAGAAAGAGAGUGAGAGAGAAAGAACACGAAGAUAAAAGAGGAGGUGGUGAGCUACCUGCCUGCGGAGAUCAUGAAGGAACCCUGGAGAAAUGAUCCUGAUGGAGAGGAAAACCUGACCGGGAUGUAAACACGGACCAACAGUCUCUAAACAGGAGUGUUUUCCACCAUGACGCCCCGUGAGACCACCAUCUUAACCCACCUGCUGCUGCUCUUCCAGCACCUCCUCCCCCUCGCCCUGUCUCUCCUCCAGCCUCCGCCCGUGCACGUGCCCACGCUGGUCCCGCACGCACCCACGCCCCUGACCCACUCCCGCUUCAGCGCCACGGCGCAGCUGGAUCUCACCACGCGCUGCAACUCCAGCUGCUUCCACAGGGCCGAGCAGGAGCCGAGGGAGCAGCUGACGGACAAGCUGGCCUUCGAGACGCUGUACGCGGACGGCUUCCGCACCCUCACCACGGUGGAGGUGGAGGUGGAGGUGGAGGAGGGCGGCGAUGCUCUCCGCCCGCCUCCCUGGAGACGGACGAGGGCGAAGCACGGGCGCGUAAAGAGGCAGAUCUACGGGGCGGACGGGCGUUUUAACAUCCAGGGCGACGACUUCCUGAUGGAUUAUCCUUUCUCCACGGCGGUGCGCAUCUCCACCGGCUGCACGGGCGUCCUGGUGUCUCAGCGGCACGUCCUCACCGCUGCGCACUGUGUGCACGACGGGAGGGACUACGUUCACGGGGCGCAAAAGCUCAGGGUGGGCUUCCUGAUCCCUCCAUCCAUCAACGGCACCAAAACGGGCCUGGUGCCCAACAAGAAGCCUCUGGUCCGCUGGGUGAGGGUGAAGCGCACCCGGGUGCCAAAGGGCUGGAUCCAGGGGCCUCAGGAGGUCAGCAUGGACUUUGAUUACGCAUUGCUGGAGCUGCGCUGGCCUCACCGGCGCCCCUUCAUGCGCCUGUCGGUCGCGCCCUCCUCGGACGACCUGGCGGGGAAUCGCAUCCACUUCUCCGGGUUCGACAGCGACCGUCCAGGGGAGCUGGUGUACCGGUUCUGUCCUGUGGAGGAGGAGUCCAGCGAUCUGAUCUACCAGCACUGCGACGCCCGGCCCGGGGCCAGCGGCUCCGGGGUGUACGGGCGGGUGUGGGACAACGCGCUGGAGCGCUGGGAGAGGAAGGUGAUUGGGAUUUUCUCUGGACACCAGUGGCUGGAGAUCGAUGGAGAGAACAGGGACUACAACGUGGCCGUGCGCAUCACGCCCCUGAAGUUUGCCCAGAUCUGCUACUGGGUGCACGGGAACCGGCUCGACUGCAUCCCGGACUAAUAAGGGAGCGCACAGUUAUUUAAAGAUAAACGCAGGGGUGAAAUUUCCUAUUAGCUACGUCUGCAAACAUCUGAGUGACACAGACAUGUUUCCAUGUAGGGGUCUGUCUUUGCACCAGUACAGAAAAAAAAAAUACUUUUGGCUCCAUUUCCCACAUUUUUCCUCUCCUGUAUUUAAUUGGCUCCCUGUAACCUCUGCGCCUAUUAAAUAAAUCUGCCAGUGAGAUCACCACAAUUUAUUAUUUUUUACCCGCUUUUAGAUUAAUGUCAGUGUUUCCACAAUAAUAACCGAGGCUCCUGCGGAGGGAAAACCACUUUCUUCUUGUGCAUCCGCAGGAGCGGAUUUACUGUCGAUUACCGUAAUCUACUGAGGAUAAAUUAUAAUCCUGCCUGCUCUUUCAUCUGCACGACGCUUUGGUGAUUUUUGGCAGUCCUCCAUCAGAAACAGGGCUCCUUCUCCCUGCUGCACGCAGCUGAAGAGUACAUGAACGACAAACCUGCUUUUUAACGUUUCAGCUGACACUAUAGACUUCUCUUAGUUGACCGGAGACAGAUUUUUAUUUUAUUUUUGGAGAAAUGCUUGAUAUAUUUUAAUAAACAGAGAUCUAAGUGUU